AUGCCCCUCCUCCAGGCCGAAGUCCCUGCGGCCUUAGCCUUCUUCCACUGCCAACGAUAUCUGACCCGAAUGAUGGAAGAGCAGGAUAGACUCGAGCGUGAGGAGCAAGAGCUUGAAGACCAGCUCGCGCAACUGACUGCCAAGCUUAUCCGGGUGAAACGAACACGUCGCUCCCUCCGUGCUCGCGAGGAGCGUCUUUUCGCGCGGGGUAUCCAGGAGGAGGAUGCCCAGGUGGCACAGUCCGUAGCUGCGGCGCCACCUGAUUCUUCGCCGGGUGCUCCUGCGCGGCCAGACGCCGCCCAGGAGACCGUUCCGUAGUCUCCUCACGUCCCGGACCCUUCCUUAGGCCUUGACUGGCCUUCCGAUCUUUCCUUCGAUCCUGGUGUGGCCGGUCCUU